AUGCCUCCCAGAUUACAGAGCCUCCAACGGCUAGGCACCGCUAGCCUCUGUCUGCGCCCAGCUGUGAGGCCAGCAACCCCGAGCUUCCUCCCCGUCGUCCAAACCGCCAACCUCUCCCAGCGGGAGAAGAGGCGCAAGGCGAAGCAGGACCCCUACCGAUGGCAACAAGCGCAACAGCGCAAGGCCGCCAACGAGAAGACGCAGAGUAAGAUCCAGGCGGAAAGGGACGCCAGCUGGGGCGACCCGGUCCACGGUAUUCCAACUCCCUUUGUCGAGUCGUUCGAUUCUGCCGGCCAGGCGCCCAAGACCCCUCAAAUUAAAGACGACAAUGGAAACAUCGUCGCCGAAGGACGUCCUCUCCCCACUUCUCCUGGUCUUCUGAACCAUCUCGUCACCCGUGAGGAGUUGGAGCAUGUUAUACAGAAGGCAUAUGUCCUGACGAAGCCGGUCAAGAACGAGAACCCCGAACUUGCAGACCCUGUGGCGGAGGAGCUGGCUGAGAAGAAGCAUGACGAAGAUCACGCCAAGGCUGUAGAGGCUCUGAACCGUAUUUUGUCCCUGAACAACGCCAACUCCAAGAUCCUUUUGCACACCAAUAUCAAAAGAUGCGUGGAGGAGUUUGGACGCCACAACACCGACAAGGUUCUGAAGCAGAAGCCCAAGUCCGCCAUGGCGGAUCCCAACGCUCCCCCGAAGCCUGAGAGAGCUGGUCCUGAUACUGGAAGCUCAGAGGUGCAGAUUGCGAUCCUGACGGCCAAGAUCAGGAAGUUGGCGCGCGAGCUUGGCCAGAACCGCGGCUACAAGGACAAGCACAACAAGAGGAAUCUGAGAGUGCUCUGCCACCGGCGGCAGAGGUUGAUGAAGUACAUGGAGAAGAAGGAGAGAGGCAGCGAGCGGUGGACGAGUAUGCUCGAGAAGCUGGGCCUGUCGCCGGCGACCUGGAAAGAGCAGAUCAGCUUCUAA